AUGAACGCUGUUAAGGACCUGGAAAAGGAAAACAAUGCUGAGUACCACAGUAAGGUAGCUGAAAUAUAUGAAAAAAAAAAUCAAAGUCUUCAACGCCUAAAAAGUGAAGAACCAAAAAUAAAUCAAAACGCGGAAGAUAAGGUUGAUGAUGCCAAAGAUGAUGACUACCAGAAUGAGAAAGGCAAGAAUAUUAUGAGCCUGGACCACGAACCCGUAACAGAUAAUCACCCACAGACUGAUAGCGUUGCAGAAGAUAAGGCGAAGAAACAAGCCGAAUAUGAUGCGUUCAUUCGUGAGAACAAAGAGUUUUUUAUAGAACGUUUGCGGUAUGGCUCGCCGAAAAAAGAAAAACAAGGCGAUUGUAUUUUAUCGUAAGUGACCGGAUACAAGCAUUCAAAUACUCGUUUUUGUAUUUAAAUAAAAAUAUACAUGUAUUAAUAUCUAUUUAAAUUUUUUAUGUUUAACAACAUAUCUGGGACGUGAUGGUAUUUUACCAUCGGUUCUUUACACUUCACUUAUAUUCUAUUAUAUUAUUAACCGUAAAAAUAAUUAUACUAUACUAAAAAUUGUAUUUCUUGUCGUGACAAAA